AUAUACAUGAACUUGCAGGAGAGAGUGAGAGAUCAGAAUAAAAAAUCCCAAAUGGGAAGGAGCCCUUGUUGUUCGAAAGAGGGACUAAAUAAAGGGCCUUGGACAGCUGACGAAGACAAAUUGCUCACAGAUUACAUGAAAGCUCGCGGAGAAGGAAAAUGGGGAAAAGUUCCCAAAGAAACAGGAAUUAAGAGAUGUUGGAAGAGUUGUAGGCUUCGCUGGUUGAAUUAUCUGAGACCGGAUAUCAAGAGAGGCAACAUCACACAUGAUGAAGAAGACCUCAUCAUCAGGCUCCACAAACUCUUAGGCAACAGAUGGUCUCUGAUAGCAGGGAGACUUCCAGGGCGAACAGACAAUGAAAUAAAGAAUUAUUGGAACAGUAUUUUGGCUAAGCGGGAGCAAAACAACGAGAAAAGCGCAAUAACCAGAGUCGAAGUCGAUGAAGCCCGAAACACAGAUAUCGUGCGCGCCAAGGCAUCACAAGACAAAUCCAUGGAUGGCAACCUGGUGAAGGGCAUCGCAGCAGAAUCCCACUCCAGUGAUGGGUUAGUAGCGUCCACGUGUAGAGAAGAAAACUCGAUGGACUUACUGAUGGAUUUCAACGUUGGAGAUAUAAGCCUUCUGGAUUUUCUUGAUUCCGAAUUCACGGAGCUUAUUCAUGAUUCUGAAAUAUUGUUUAAUAUGAACAGUGUGACCGAAGCAGAUGCUACUAACGAGUUUAGUUAUAAUGAUACACGUUUGUCACCCGAGAAAAUGGUGGAGACUGGUUGGAGUCCCAGUGAUUACAUCCUAGGUGCUGGUGUGGACUCAGAUUUCAGAUCUUUGGCUUCUUUUCUUGAAUAAGCUGAGGAAUAAUAGAUGACCUAAAAUAUAUAAUAGUUUUCUUUUUCCCGAGUUUCUCA